UAUUGGGAGUUGACAAGUUCUUUCCACCCAGCAAAUUCUCCUAUGCUAUGGUUCUCCUCUAAGCUGCCCGCUCGUCUGCCAUUUCUUUCUCCAGUUAGUAAUAUUAAUCCAAUGAAGAAACCCCAUUGCCUAAAAAAUGACAGAAAUCACGAAAUUACUGUCCAAAAACUUACCACCAAAACCAAAGCUUCAUCAUCCAGAGCCACAAUCAUUAAAGUAAAAAACAAGCCCAAAUCAAAAGAUUCAAAACCCAACUCAGAAUCUCAAGAAAACCUCCCAAUCCCUCAAAUUAACACUACCCUUAUAGCUUUCUUGAAUAAAAAUCCAAUCUUGACCCAAGAUUUUUACCAAAUUGAUGCACUUGAUCUUGCCCCUCGUUUGCUUGGCAAGUUCCUUAGGAGAGAUGAUGUUGUUCUUCAAAUAACUGAGGUCGAAGCUUAUAGGCCAAAUGAUUCAGCUUGUCAUGGUCGAUUUGGCAAAACAGCUAGGACUGCUCCUGUUUUUGGUCCUGGUGGUCAUGCAUAUGUCUACCUCUGCUAUGGUUUGCACAUGAUGCUCAAUGUUGUAGCAGAUAAGGAAGGAGUUGGAGCAGCUGUUUUGAUUCGCUCAUGUGCUCCCAUCAGUGGUUUGGGUACUAUCCAGCAGCGUCGAGGUUUAGAAACUGAGAAGCCUAUUCUUCUUGCAGGUCCUGGAAAGGUUGGUCAGGCAUUAGGACUAUCAACAGAAUGGUCUAGCCAUGCUCUAUACACUGCCGGCGGUUUAGAACUCCUAGAUGGGCCAGAACCAGAUGAGAUACUAGUUGGUCCAAGAGUUGGUAUAGAGUACGCUUUGCCAGAGCAUGCUAAUGCAUUGUGGAGAUUUGCAGUUGCCGGUUCUUCAUGGAUCAGUGCCCCUAAAAAGACUCUCAGACCUCUUUAGCACAUCAACAACGUAACAUGAAUCCGCCACCACCACCCACCCAGGGGGGGGGGGGGGGGGCGCAGAAAAGUGAGAGAAAGUAGUCAAACAGUUGUCUAUUGUACAGGAUUUAUAGUCCAUUCUCUCAGGUUAACCACUUUUUUGUGUAUAUCUAGGCUGACUGCUAAUAUCUCAAUCGUGUUCUUGGUUAUGUGGCAUGCAAAUAUGCCACAUUGUGUGGGGUUAUCUUACCUAAUUAGUUUAAAAGUGAUUUAACUCGAUUUUACAAUGA